AUGGAGCGGUCAAUUCUAUUGGCAGUUGUAGCUGAACCUUACACGGUUCCAGACCAUCCUCGUUGGUUUAGUGGAGAAAGUGGCGACAUAGCUAUAUACUGGAAUGCUACCAGUGGGAAUAUUUCGUGCUCCUUGAUCGAAAAAGGGCAUGGUUACGUUGUUGUCAAAUGUGGCAUUUUAACACUAGUGGGCUGCUACAUCUCGCCGAAUAGUGGGAUUAUCGCGUUCGAGUCAUACUUGGAUGAAGUUGCUGCUUGCAUACGCAGAUGCUUGCCUCGCCCUAUAAUAGUUCUUGGUGAUUUUAACGCCCGUUCAAGAACAUGGGGUGACACUAGAGAUGAUCGACGAGGCAUAAUAAUUCAGGAGUGGGCAGCAAGCCUUGACCUCCGAAUUUUAAAUCAAGGCUCUAUUAGCACUUGUGUACGGUGGCAAGGAGAAUCAAUAGUAGACUUAACGUGGGCUUCUACAUCUGCGUCGCGUAUGGUGUCUGACUGGAGAGUAGCUGAAGACGUAGUAACAUUGUCUGAUCACCGAUAUAUUACUUCGAAUAACGCGUGGACUACUACUAGGCACGCAGGGACGAGA